AUUAAGACUUAUUCUAUGCAUCUGCUCUCCCACAAUAUGGCACUGAAAGGGAGUAAACAACUUCUACACAGCUGCCUCUCACCAGUUUGACUGAUGAGCUGCAGGAGCUGAUCCUGCUCCUGAUUGGAGGAGAGCAGCAUGCUCGGCGUGUGGGUAGCAGAGUUGGGAUUGGUAGAAGAGGACUAUAAAGGAGGAGAGAAACAACAUGCACCAGGAACAUCCGGAUAACAUCUGAGCAGCCCCCGAGAGAGCCGGCCGGUGGUGUGCCGCUCCCCCGCGGAAGUGGGGAAAGUGGCAGGGGGAGCCGCCCCUCCACGGAGGUGGAGGGAUCAGCAGCCAACCCGGGAAGGACCAGCAGCAAACCCGGGAAGGGCCGAGCAGAUAAAAGAACAGCGCAGGGUCCUGUGUCGUUCCUCCGCGAAUGGGUAGUGACACCUAGGACUUACCUAACAUGAGUCCACUCUCCAAAUAUGUGCUCAAGAAUGAUAAAAAUGAGUUUCUAUCUAAAAUUAUCUAGUGAUUAAGACUUUAGAAUUCAGGUUUAUUCUCCUACCAUCUUUAGGAAAGUUGACAAACCAAGCUACAAUAAAAUCAAUAUGACUGCAAGAAUUAAUGUUGGGAUUUUCACUGCCAAACAUUAAGCAGCCAUGGAAUUUUGCAUCCCCCAUGUGCCUUGUGAGUAUUUAAGGACUAAAACUACAUAAAAAUCCAUGAAACUAUGACAGAUUUUAAUAUUAGGGUAGCUAUGUUAAUCAUGUGGUCAUAAAGUCUCACUAUAUAUUUGUAUAAUUUAGUUACGAAAGUAUUACCUGUUCUUGCCUUAACCUCUGAAGAUCUCACUGUGGUUUCCUCAGAGACUGAAACAGACAGAGACUCAAUCCUCUGUGGGCUAGAAGGAUAGAAAGCCGUUGGGCUCUUCGUGUGUCUAUAGAAACCACACAAAGAAGACCUGUUUUCUCACAUACUCCACAAAGCUCAUGGCAAUUGUGAUGAUGCCCUGUGGAGGCACUAAGUGAAUAAAGCCUUCCCCACUCAGAGGCAACCUGAAGACCCAACAUCGUUCCUUGGCAGUUCUCAGAUAAGCAGCAAGACUCAAGCACCAACAGUGAAUCCAGCCAUCCUGUAGAAGCAGUCACUUUUCUGCAUGAAGAUUACUGAGGUCCUUGGACAGUCAUCUCUAGGCAUCUAGAUUUCCUGAUCAGCUCUCUGAAUAUCUAACAUUUUCAGUGCUUGUUAGCUUUCCUGCCACACUUGAAUAUCAUGCAAAAAUGUCUUUUACUCUCUGAAUGCUCAAAUACUUCUCAUUGAUAAUUUUAAAUAGUGGUAUAAUCUGAAGGAAAUAUAUUAAUGCUAAUCUGCACAUUAUGAAUCAAUAUAUUAAAUUAAUCAGUAUAUAAAUGUUUUUAACUGAUAGCUUUUUUUUUAGAUUUGUAUUUGUUUGAAAGGCAGAGUUACAGAGAGGCACAGGCAGAGACAGAGACAGAGAAAGAGAGAGAGAGGCCUUUCAUCCUCUGGUUCACUCCCCAAAUGGCCAAAAUGCACAGAGCUGGGCUGAUAAGAAGCCAGGAGACAAGGGCUUAUUCCAGGUCUCCCAUGCAGUUGUAGGGGCCCAAGGACUUGGGACAUCAUCUGCUUUCCCAGGCCAUAGCAGAGAACUGGAUCAGAAGUGGAGCAGCUGGGACUUGAACUGACGCCCAUAUGGGAUGCUGACACUGCAGGUGGCAGCUUUACCUGCUAUGCCACAUUACCGGCCCCAGUAGCUUUUCUUUAAGAGAAAGGGAUGUGUGUGAGCAAGUGACUUCCUGGUAAGCAUUUAAUAUUAAUAAAAUAAGGUAGAGUUUUAUUUUAAAAACAGAGCUUAAGGUGUCAUAUAUACAGGUAAGUCAAAUAAGUGUACAAAUGCUAAUUUUUCACACAUCUCACAAGGUCACACAAAAGCUAAGCAAUGAGUGUUUGCUAGGAGUUUUGAUCCUUGAUAUCUCCACUCUCAGAAUAAUAUUAGAUAAAUAAUAAGAAUUAAAUCAAUAUCUGCAAAUUAUUUGUUUUCCAACAACCUGAGCAUGGCAUUUAUCAUUAGAAUCCUGGUAGAAAUCCAAUGCAAAUAGGAUUUUUUCAUAAAUUUUGUAUUGUUUAGUUUAUCAUUUUAUGGCCAUUUAAGCUGAGGAUUAUUGCUCAUCCCUGUUACUCCAAGAAAAAAAUUAUUUUCUAUAGGAGAUUAUAAUGAAAUUUAAGCGUGAGGAAGCAAUAUUACAUUUGUACUUGUGUUUUCACUGUGUGAUCAUGGAGAUGUAAAGAUUAAUUCAAAUCUCUCAGGGAAUUCAUAGAUCCCUUCCUUGCUGCAUCAUUCCUCACAGGAGUCAUGUGGUUACUGCCAAUCAUCUGCAAACAAGUGCCUAAGAUUGUGCUCUACACUGUCACUCAAUAUUGAGUCAAAUUCAACAAUAGCAUCCUGUUUUUAUGUAGGUAAUGAUACGACACAAAUCUAUCCAGUCAUUCACAUAGAUCACCAUAUAAAUAUAGAUAAUGGUAAACCAAACAACAAAAAAUAAGAUGUGAGGUUGAAAAUCAGUCUUCACACUUAGAUGAGAAGACAUUUUGUUAGAUAUUUGUUGUGGAGUUGACUGUCGUGGCAGAAGUGCAAAGUGUGUUUAGACAGCAAAGAAGUGAAUGGCCAAGAGAGUAAUUGGUGAAUGAUGAAUUAUUCUCUUAAUGAAACUUUGCAACUCAAGAUUAGACUUAAUUAGACUUAAAUGCAAUUUUAGAAAUUUGGCAUGUGCAUCAGUCAGAGUUCAUUGUUUCUGAAAAAAAAAAACACAAGGAAUAACUGAAUAAUAUAAGACAAGAGAAGUAGAAUUUGUUUGAAAGAUAUGGAGUAAGAUCAAUGAUUCAGACUAAAACCGAAUCUUUAGUUUAAAAGAGGACAGAUAUUUAUUUUGAAGUUUUAGCCUCCAUUAAAAAUAUUAACAAUAUGUAGACAAUGCUGUGGCACAGUGAGUUAAGUCAUUGUCUGUGACACUGGCAUCCCAUAUAAGCAACGAUUUGAGUCCUGGCUGCUCCACUUCUGGUCCAGCUCCCUAAUAAUAGCCCCUGGAAAGCAGUGGAGGAUGGCCCAAGUGCUUAGGCCCCUGCUACCCAUGUGGGAGACUCCAAUGGAGUCCUGGCUCUUAGCUUUGGCCUAGCCCAGCCUCAGCUGUUGUAGCCAUUUGAGAAGUGAACCAGCAGAUUCUCUCUCUCUCUCUCUCUCUCUGUCAUUCUGCCUUUCAGAUAAAAAAAAAUCAUUUUUAAAAAGCAUGUAUUUGCAUAUAUGUAUAUUUGUUAAAUUUUUCUCUUAGGAUUAUAAGAUAAAAUAUUUAAAUAUUCAUAUAAAAACAAAAACUCAAUGCCACUGUCUCUAAACAUUUUGCUGACUUAUAAAAUUGUAUCAAGCAAGUUAACAAAAAUCUGCGUUUAAAUAUUUGUCUUAAACCAUGAACUUUAACUCAGUUUCCUCUGUCUUAGGGAUAUGGCAGAAAAUCUGACAUCUGUUACAGAGUUCAUCCUACUGGGAUUUCCCCUUGGCCCAAGGACUCAGAUGUUCCUCUUUGGCCUCUUCUCUCUAUUCUAUGUUCUCACCCUGCUGGGCAAUGGUGUCAUCCUGGGACUCAUCUGGUUGGAUCCCAGACUGCACACCCCCAUGUACUUCUUCCUCUCAAAUCUGGCCAUUGUUGACAUUGCUUAUGCCUGCAACACGGUGCCCCAGAUGCUGGUAAACCUCCUGAAUCCUUCCAAGCCCAUCUCCUUUGCUGGGUGUAUAACACAGACCUUCCUCUUUUUGACAUUUGCUGUCACAGAAUGUCUUCUCCUGGUGGUGAUGUCCUAUGAUCGCUAUGUGGCCAUCUGCCACCCCCUCCGAUAUUCUGCCAUCAUGAGUUGGAGAAUGUGUGUCACCCUGGUCAUCACUUCCUGGGCCAUAGGAGUCCUUCUGUCCCUGAUUCAUCUAGUGUUACUCCUACCAUUGCCUUUCUGUAGGUCUCAGAAAAUCAAUCACUUUUUCUGUGAAAUCAUGGCUGUGCUCAAACUUGCCUGUGCAGAUACCCACAUCAAUGAGAACAUGGUCCUAGCUGGAGCAACGUCUGUGCUGGUGGGGCCCUUCUCCUCAAUUGUAGUUUCCUAUGUGUGCAUUCUCUGUGCAAUCCUUCAGAUCAAGUCUGGGGAAGGUCAAAGGAAAGCCUUCUCCACUUGCUCCUCCCACCUGUGUGUCGUUGGACUCUUUUAUGGCACAGCCAUUAUCACAUAUGUUGGACCCAGAUAUGGGAGCCCCAAAGAGCAAAAGAAAUACCUCCUGCUAUUUCACAGCCUCUUCAAUCCCAUGCUUAAUCCCCUUAUUUAUAGUCUUAGAAACUCAGACGUAAAGAAUACAUUAAAGAGAGUGCUAGGAAUGGAGACCGAUAUAUGAAAAGAUUAUGACAUUGUGGUUCAAAGUGACCUAUCAUGUUGUUAUUUCAAGUGGUUCCUUAUCUUAUUCAGCAUGAGAAUUAGCUGAAACACUUAGAAUAGCGAUGUCCACCACCCUACCCUUAGAUGACUGAUUCAGUAAAUAUAAGAUGAUUUCUAGAAAUCUGUAUUUUCAAAUAUUAUCAUUAACAAAUUGUAGUAUGUUAGUGCAUAUGAGACCCAGGACCUGGAAGACAGAAAUCCAGAACAACACUCUUUAUAAUAUCUCCUAAAUAUUCCUCAAAAUACUAGUCCCUCAAGACUAUUUUUAAACUACUUUUGUUUUAAUAGACAUAGUGUAAUUUUGGAUAUUUGUGGGGUACCAUAAGACACUUCUAUAUAUAUAUAUAUAUACACACACACACACACACAAUGUGUAAUGAUCAUCUCAGGGUUCUUGGCCUAACACCCCAGGCAUUUAUCAUCUUGUUGUGUUGGGAACAUUCAAAAAGCUUCUCCACUAGAUAUUUUGAGAUUCAGUUAAUUACUGUCAGUCAUUCCAGAGAAGUUUAAAAUGAAUUCUGUGGUCAAUAAGUUUGAGAUUACUGCAUAGUAGAUGCCUCAUUUUAGGGCUGACUAAUGAAAACUGUAAAAAUUCCUUUGGUAACGAAGAAUUCUAUUCUGGUUUUAGGCCAGUAUGUUCCAAAUUUAUUUGAUCACAUAUAAAAACACUGUUCAUAAUACUGAUUAACAGUUUCCUGGAAUAGGAGAUCCUGAUCUUGAUUGACUCAUUGUGAAUACUUCCUGUAACCACUUUCCAGGCUAGAAUGCCAUUUCCCCUGCAAGUCAAGCAUCUGAAAAGGAUGCAGAUCUGAGCACAGUGCCCCAGGUUGGACUCAUAAUCUCUGUUCUGUUGGACACAGAAAAUUUCUGUUGCUGGUCAUCAAGAUGACUGUUGCUAGUCAUCAGUGGAGAAUUACCUAGAGAUAAUGUAUCCAACUCUCUCCUUCACCAUUAAUCAGCACUCUCAAUGAAGUCUCAAGGAUAACCUCAUGCAAUUUCAAAAUCUUCCAAAUUUGAUAUUUAAAAAAAGUCUAUAUACAUUUUUCUCUGUCCAGUAUAUUAAGUUAAUCUUAUUUUUCAGUCUCAGAAUUUUAAAGGUAAAACCAACUUCUUACAGAACUCUGGAAAAAUUCCCAAACCUACUACCUACAAGGUUAAAAGAUGUGUCAGUUUGAUAUACUAGAGGAAACCUAGUCUUGUGGUAAUACAUUUUCUUAGACUAAAUUUUAUAUCAUAAACACUUAUUUUUAGGUCCCUAUUAUCAUAGUUCACAUUUGUUUAUUUUUAUACCUUGAAAUUAUUUUUAUAACUGACAGCUAUGUAGUAUUGAAUAUAAAAACUAUGUUCUAAAAUGUUCAUGAACGCUAUUUUAGUUUGCUAACAAAUUUUUUCUUUUAUGUAACUUCCCUGAUUUCCAUACUUUCCACAGGUCACCUA